GAAUACGAUUUUACGCACUUGAAUACGGAUAAGGUGAAGACGGAAGUGAAGACAGAAAUCGAUGGAAAGAAAGAAGAAAAUCAAAAGAAGAGCGCCGAUUCAGUAGAAGAUCAUGAUAAUGUCGAACAUAGUCAGAUGCAGCGACCACAAGAUGAAAACAACUGAACAUCGAUGGAAAUUGUUGACAGUGUGAAUGACACAAAGCGACGAAAUGCUGUUGUCAAUCAAAGAAGUAAAUCGAAGAAACAUAAAUGUGAUGUCUGCGAAUAUAGCUCCGAAUACAAGUCAGACUUGAACCGACAUUUACUAAAACACACUGGCGAAAAGCCAUUUGGAUGCGAUUACUGUCCAAAACGUUUCACUAGCAAACAAAAUCUCUGUUCCCAUCAGAAAGUGCACGUUGAAGAGUUUCUGUUUCACUGCGAUGUCUGUUUAGAAGGAUUCAACAUCAAAGAUGGAAAGAUUGAGCAUGAAACUGGUUGCAAGGCUAUUCGCUACGCAUGCCAUUUGUGUCAGCAAUCAUUUGGAUCAGAGAAGAAUAAUUUGAUUCGACAUAUGCGGGUACAUACUGGCGUCAAACCAUACAAAUGCCAACAAUGUUUGAAAGAAUUCAACCUGAAACACAAUCUUAAUGUUCACAUGAAAUUUCACACGAAAAAGUUGCCAUUCAAAUGUUCGAUUUGUCGCCAUGGAUUUUCGAAGCAAUCACAAUGCAAAGCACACGAGAAAUACUGUUAUCGACGCUGCUAUGAAUGCCAUCGUUGCCGGAAGUUCUUUCAAUCGAAGAAAGCUGAUUUGGAAAUUCACAUUCGAACGCAUUCGGGUGAAAAGCCGUUUCAGUGUAAGUUGUGUCGAAUUGGAUUUGCAGCAAAAUCAAACUUAACAAGACACAUGAAAAGCCGUACCCACUUGAAGAAAUCUUAAACUAAAUUGACUAUUUCACUGAUUCAACGACUAAGCAAAUGACAGAAAAUGAAUUAAAUUUCCAAACUCACAUUUCAUUUAAUAUUCAUAUUCAUUUACAUUUUAAUUCAAUUUUUUCAUCAUAAUUUUUUUUAAAGAACCAGGCGUUCAGCGAGAAAAUAUUUACAUGUCACUCAAUACCAUUGUUUACAAUAGGCUGGAGCCUAUAUGUAAGUUUGAAAGUGGAUUUGGCCGCCUGGUUCUCAAAUUCCGUUGAAACAUCUUUAAGCAACAUUUUUUAUUUGUACACAUCAUUGAGUGUUUUUCAUUUUUAUCAAAUCAGAAACCAUUUAUCGUAAUA